AUGAGGGAGAAGGGUACGGGAUCGGGGCCCUCCAGAAGAGAUUCGUUACCCCUGGCCGCAUUCUCACCCACGCGGCGGUACCGAUUCAACCGUCUGUCCCUAUUGUCCCUCAACCUCGUUGCGCUGCUGGCAGGGAACAGCACGGCUGCGCAUUCCCAGUGCUGGCGUACCGGGCCAAACCGGGAUAGGGAGCCCCCUAACCGGCAGAUCCUCCUCCCAGCCUGCCCCCCUGCACCGGUGCGGUCACUGUACGCCGUGGCCUGUGCCACGGAGAGGCCGCGCCGGCAGAGGGGCAAGGUGCGGCUCCAUGGCGCUUGGGUGCUGGCGGAGCCGACCUCCCUGCCAGUAGCUGGCCGUAGUCCCGCGGCGAAACCUGCCGAGAAGGAAGCCAACAGGUGGCCAGGCAUGAAAGGGCGGCCUGGGGGAAAGCGAACGAGGCCCCCGAGGCUCGCCAAGGGCGCUGCCAGGCCUGAAGCCAGCCGGCCUGCGCGGGGCCCUCCUGCCAGCCAGGGGACACAAGGCCGCGCCGCUCACUUCGCCCAGAGGCCAAGAGCGCCCGGGCCGGCGCGCGGCCCUCCCCGCCGGGCCUCUGCUAGAGUUUGUGGCCCCCGGUGCGAGGGGCCUCCGCCUGGGGACGGGCGGCUCUUCCUCCCCCCCCCCCCCCGGGGCCGGGGCCUGAGGGGCGGACAGCGGGCGGGCGGCCUGGGCCGAGGGGAGCGCUUGGCCCGCCGGCUCGCGGCGGCCCUGGCGCGCUCUCGGGCGCCUCCGGCCCUGGCGCUCGGGCGUGCCGGGAGGGCGGCCGCCGGCGCGGGCUUUCGGCUCGGCCGGCAGCGGCGCAUUUCGCCGGGCCCCAAGGCAGAGCCCAGCCCAGCCCGGCCCAGCCUAGCCGCCCUCCCGCCGGCGUGCCCACGUGCAGCCCGGGCUCCGCGUGCACGCGCCGAAGCGCGCAUCGUCCCGGGCCGGCCGGGCGGGCGGGCGGGCGCCCCCGAGCUUGGCGGCGCCUCCAGGCGGGGCUGCUACCUGGAGCUGCGCUCCGAGUUCCGCCGCGAGCGGGGGCCCGCGCCCCCACCCCCGCCCGCACCCCCCGCCGCCUGGCCCCGCGGCCCGGCCCAGGCGGCGGCGGCGGCGGCGGCGGCUUCUCCUCCGCAGGGCCGCCUGCAGCGCUUCGCCGAGCCCCUGAGCGGCGGGAGCAGCAGCCGCCGAGGCCGCCACCAGGUGAGUGCCGGGGCGCGCGGGCCCCCUCCCUCCCUCCCUCCCUCGGCCACCUGCUGCGGGGCGGGGGGCGGGGGGGGGCUGCCGGGCCGGGCCGGGCCGCGCAGGGCCUCGGGCGGCAGCCGGGGGAUGCGGCGCUCGCCGGCGCGCAGGGGCGGGGGUGCCCUGGGCCGCCCGGCUGCCUCCGGCCGGCCGGCGCGCUGGCCCCGUCCAGUCGCCUGGGGAGCCUCUCUCUCCGGCAGCCCCCGAGAGCCGGCCCCGCUUGCUGCUGUCGCCCGACCAGUGGGCGGGGGUUGUCAGGCUCGGGAAACCCCUCGGCUCCUAGGAUUUUUUCAGCGCGCUUAA